UGAUCUGAUGAUGGCUCUCGUUAUGGAACCUAUUAGCAAGUGGACGCCCAAGCAAGUAGUGGAUUGGAUGAAAGGCCUUGAUGAUUGUCUCCAACAAUACAUAAAAAAUUUUGAAAGAGAAAAGAUCAACGGUGAGCAGCUGCUGCACAUCACCCAUCAAGAGCUGGAGGAACUGGGAGUCACUCGCAUUGGCCACCAAGAGCUGAUCCUGGAAGCAGUUGAUCUGCUGUGUGCAUUGAAUUAUGGAUUGGAGACUGAAAACCUGAGAACUCUGUCUCACAAGCUGAAUGCCUCAGCCAAAAAUCUUCAGAACUUUAUAACGGGUAGAAGGAGGAGUGGCCAUUAUGAUGGCAGGGCCUCCAGACGACUGCCAAAUGAUUUUCUUACCUCUGUAGUUGACCUGAUUGGUGCUGCCAAGAACUUACUAGCCUGGCUGGACAGGUCCCCGUUUGUCAGCGUGACAGAAUAUUCACUGCUGAAAAACAACAUUGUUCAACUGUGCCUGGAACUAACCACCAUUGUGCAACAGGAUUGUACAGUGUACGAAACAGAAAAUAAAAUUCUUCAUGUGUGUAAAACCUUGUCUGGGAUUUGUGACCACAUCAUUUCUCUCUCAUCUGAUUCUCUGGUGUCACAGUCAGCACAUCUUGAGGUAGUUCAUCUCACCAGCAUUAUGCCCAGUGAGGGUUUGGGAAUGUAUAUCAAAUCAACAUAUGAUGGACUACAUGUAAUCACAGGAACAACUGAAAAUUCUCCUGCUGAUCAGUGUAAGAAGAUCCAUGCUGGUGAUGAGGUGAUCCAGGUGAACCAUCAAACUGUGGUUGGCUGGCAGUUAAAGAACCUAGUAAAUGCAUUGCGGGAAGACCCAAACGGAGUGAUUUUAACCUUGAAAAAACGUCCUCAGAAUACCCUGGUUUCUGCUCCCGCCCUUCUGAAGAAUGUGAGGUGGAAGCCUCUUGCACUCCAGCCUGUAAUUCCAACCAGUCCAACAAGCAGCUCUACAACACCCACAAGUACAAUGGGCAUAUCCUCAAAAAUGGACAACUCUGCACUCCAGGAUGUUUUCAUUCUGUCUCCUAUGUCAGGACUUUAUGGCCCCAGGGAUGAAAUUGGAAUAAUGUCUUGUGACGACAUCAGCAAAUUUGGAAAGUCUGGAAUGAAAGGCUCUGAGUCUCCAAGCUAUUUUCUGGAGCAUGAAAGUGGGAAGUACUACACGUUAAUUGAAGGUGAAGGCCACCCUGUGGGCUCUGACUAUGAGAGGAGCAGAGCUACGGGAGUGAGGAGGAGAGAGAAAACACCCACUCACGGAGAUUUGAGGCCUGUUUCUAUGCCUACUGAGUACAGCUGGAUAGGGGAGUCAAAAGAACAAAACAUGUACAAGAGAGGAAGCAGAGACUCUGAGAAUUCCCUCCUGCGGUACCUGAGUGAUGACAAGAUACUGGUUAUCCAAGAAGAGCCUUUGACACAAAAAGACAACAAAAGAGACACAGGUCGUAGGUCAAGAAAAAAGGGCAAAAAUACAAGCAGUCCAAACUACCCUAUUAGUCCACCUGUGUUGACAUCUACUAUGAAUGUUAGGCUUGAACCUGGACAGCAAGAUGUCUUGAAUUUCUCACUAGCAGAAAACAACACAGUUCCACUUUAUCACAGAGCAGGGGACACAGUCAGUGGAGACACUGAAAGAUAUGCAAGUUCUGCCAUCGACCGACAAGGAAGCACAUCCAUGAGGAAGUCAUUCCAUUACGCUUCCCUCAGGGUAAAAAGCAGAAAAUGGUCAAAAGGGAGCUCUCUAACAAGUGGGAGCAGGAGACGGAUUUCCUGCAAAGACCUGGGGCAUGGAGAUUGUGAAGGCUGGCUAUGGAAGAAGAAGGAUGCCAAAGGUUACUUCACACAGAAAUGGAAAAAGUACUGGUUUAUUCUGAAGGAUUCAUCCUUGUACUGGUAUACGAACCAGAAUGAUGAAAAAGCAGAGGGAUUCAUUAGUUUGCCUGAGUUCAGGAUAGAUAGAGCAAUUGAAUGCAGACGGAAACAUGCCUUCAAAGCAUGCCACCCCAAAAUAAAGAGCUUUUACUUUGCAACAGACUGCCUUGAAGAAAUGAACAGAUGGAUGAAUCGUUUGGGUCUCGCAGCGAUUGGCUACACACCUGAUGACAAGGAUAUUCACCCAGAUGAAGCAGAUUACUGGAGUGAGAGUGACCAGGAUGACAUGGAUGGCUCCUUAACCCUGAAGCAGGAAGGCUCUUCAGCACUGUGUGACACCUACCAUCGAACACCCUCAGUGAAUUCUUCGAGUCCAUUCCCUGAAGCCCAGCACGGCCGGCACUUUUCAAGUGAAUCCACCUACUCUCAGUCUUCUGCCGAGGAUUCCCGCCAGGAAGCAGCAGGAAGCACACACUCAUCAGGAUGCAGACCUCCCUACCGAGAAAGGCGCUCCUGGCAGGAUCUGAUAGAGACUCCACUGACCAGUUCAGGGCUCCAUUUUCUUCAGACUGUUCCUCCUGAUGCUGAGUACAUGAGUGGCCGGCCUGGAAUGUCACCGGACAAACGAAGACAAGCGACGCUCCCGGUACAAAGACGCCACAAUUAUGAGCAGGAUGGGCCUUUCCCUUUGGUGGAAUGUCAGCGGGGACACAGCUCCCACAGCAGGCCUCAGAAGCAGCGCAGCCAAAGCCUUCCCAGAAACAGAGAUGUCAGGGGUAAGGGACAUGGAAAGUCCCUGGAAGGAACAGACGACAGCCUGGAAGAGACAAUUCCUAUUAGAAGGCAUAAUAGUUUCUGUGCAGAAGAAAACAUAAAAGAAAUUGGAGAAAACAUAGAUGGUCUGCAAGAGCUGUACAAAUCUCUGGAAGAAGCUAGUUUGUCAGCUUUUGGAGAGCAGCGACCUUCCACCAAGCAGGAGUUCCGCAGGUCUUUUGUGAAGAGGUGUAAUGACCCAGUGAUCAAUGAAAAGCUUCACCACAUCAGAGUCCUCAAGAGCACUUUAAAAGCGAAAGAAGGGGACCUCACAGUUAUCAACAGCCUUCUGGAUGAUCCCAACUUAACAUCAAAGAAGUUUAAAGAUUGGAAACUAAAGAACUAUGAGUUUUUCCUGGACAUUUGUGAGUACAGUGCUGCUGUGAAAUCACAAAAUGGAGCCUCUGAACUGGCCAGCUCAGCACCAAUGCUGACACACACACACUCAUUCAUUGAAACUCACGUGUGACAGGACUCACAGCCUGAACAAUUGCUGGGUGCCAUGAAAAAAAUCAACUCAGACAAACACUGUAAUAUUUAUUGAGCGUGUACUCAGCAGUACUGUAAAUAGGUUGGGUAAGAGAAUAGUGCCACAGGAUGCCUACUACAUUGCAUGAUAAGACAAUAAUGUUCCUGAUGAAUUUUUUUGGUUUGCUAUUAUCAACUGAUGUCCGUAUCAAGCUCUGCAUUAGAAAGAAGCAGUGCAGAAGUGUAACUGAAAAUAAAUACCAGUAUACUUAAAGUACUGUACUAAAACUAAGCUUAUAGUAUGAGCUCCUACAAUCAUUUUAUAUAUUUAGAUAUAGAGACAUAUCUAUGUAUAUAAAAUGGAACACGGGAGUUGACAUUUACUUUUAAAAUGCCCUAAAGUUCACAUUUUCACACAUUUGUUCUUGAGAAAAAAAAAGAAGAUAAAAAUUAAAGCAGAAAAGCAUUGGCCACUCUUAGAGAUGAACGUUUAAUUUUUGCAACAUUUCCAAGUAGUGACCAUAUUUGCAAAUAAAAGGACAGAGUUAUCAAAAUGUAAACUCAAUCCCUAUAGUGUGCCUUAAAAUGUACACUGUACAUCUAGCAAAUAGAUCCCAACCUGGCCCUAUGGGCAAACUGUACAUGCCAUUUAGAUACUGUGUUUGUAACAAACUGUGCCUGCCUCCAACAGGAAUGAGUAGAAGCAAGCAGGUAUGGCACAGAGGUUAAGAUAUGAGUAGAACAAUGUUGGUUGUUCACUAAUGCUGCAACUUCAACUGAUUUUAAUACCAUUUGAAGUAUUCAUGGUGAAAGAAAAACAUCUGCACUGCACAUGGUACAUUCUGCAGGUUUUCAUACUUUCUUCACUGUGAAUUGAAGUGACACAUGCCUGGGUCACAAGAUUCAAAAAAGCUCUGAUGCUCCAGUGAAAAUGAAGUUGAAAAAAAUUCCUGACAUCUAGAGCUGAGUAAAUUAUUCCAAAUCAUAUACUGUCUGGCAAUAAUUUUUAACCAUCAGUACUACAUUAGCAAGUGGGUAGUUAUUCAGUACGUCACUUGAAAACCAAUCUGUGUGGAUUGGUUUGGGAAGGCACACAAGUCACAGGGUGUAUUUUACUUCCUUGCCUGGAUGGGAAUGACUUCUAAGAAUCAGAUUUUGGAGAAAAUACUUGUAUUCUUGGAGGAAAGAAAAAAGAUUGCUCUGAAUGGUCCUGAACAUAAAUUUAAAACACCUAUUCAUAAUUUUCUUUGAUUAUGCUUGCUAGAAUAUUUCUAGAAAGCAGAACAAAGGGGUUAUGAAUACAGCUGACAUCAUUUCACUUAGAUAUUCACUGAUAAUUUUUUUCUCAAGAUAAACCUUUUUGUCUGUCAUACACCAUGAACUGCAAGAUUCAUAUAGUUCAAUAUAAUAGAGGACAAAAGUUAUCUCAAGGAGGUCCUAGUACCCAGGAAGACAGGUGAUUAUUCAGAGCCAGAAGUGGG